AUUCUGAGGAUGUCCGAUGUAAAUGCAUCUGCCCUCCUUACAAGGACCAUUCGGGCCAUAUUUACAACAAAAAUGUUUCACAGAAAGACUGUGAUUGUCUUCAUGUGGUAGAGCCUAUGCCUGUCCCUGGACCUGAUGUAGAAGCAUACUGUUUACGUUGUGAAUGCAAAUAUGAAGAGAGAAGCUCUGUCACAAUUAAGGUUACAAUCAUCAUAUAUCUGUCUAUUUUGGGCCUACUUCUUCUGUACAUGGUGUACCUUACACUGGUGGAACCUAUACUGAAGAGACGUCUCUUUGGACAUUCACAGCUCAUACAAAGUGAUGAAGACAUUGGGGUGAGUUCACCAGAGUGCUUGUGUAUUUGGGUCAACAUAAGGGUUGGGAUG